CGAACGCUUGAAGCUAUCGUACAGCGUUGCGUUGGAGCUCCCCGCCAUUGGAUCCCGUCUGCCAAACAAUCCACCAACACUGCAUUCCCCGAUCACCACGGCACCCAGUUCCCGUCACCAGUCACGCCUUCACCCCGAGUCCGAGAACCUGGCGUGACCUUACAGGUUUUGCGCAAACACAGAUAUUCCCGUCAUACAGUUCCACAUAUCGCCUGCGAUACAUUUAAAUCCAGAUUUCGGAAUCCUCACCAAACAACAACACCCACCCCGACGUCACCUUUUUCCAGCCCGCCCACCAUGUUGUUGAGGUUACGCGGUCCCGAUGGCAUGCUCCGCCUGACGGUCGAGAAAGAUGAUACCUUUGCGGAUCUUGGCCGUCAACUCCUUCCCAAGCUUCCCCCGACUGUUGACCCGAAAACAAUUACACUUUCGAACCAUCCGACCGGCAGCGACGCCAAGAACCUCAGCGAGGUAGCAAAGUUCAAAGUCAGCCAGAUUGGACUUAACCAUGGCGAUCUUAUCUUCGUCACAUACAAGCACAAUGAUGCCGCGACCGACGGUCCAGGCAACGGCGAAGCCACCAAAUCCAGCGUGCUGUCAUCCACGAACCGCCUCAACGGCAAACCGAUCCUACCUGCAGAAGACCUGCCCAUCGACCCGCCUCCGCUGACAUCUCCGCAUGAACAUAUCAAGAACCCGUGGGAAACGGUGAGGCAGUCGCCUUUGGAUGAUCGGCUAGACAAGCGCGACGGGAAGAUCCCGAGGGGACGCGAUCACAAGAUGUGCCGCCACGGACCCAAGGGCAUGUGCGAUUACUGCAUGCCCCUUGAUCCCUUUAACGCAAAGUAUCUCGAGGAGAAGAAGAUCAAGUACAUGUCAGUACACGCAUACCUCCGCAAAAUCAACUCGGCGACAAACAAGCCCGAGCUUGGUGCUUCGUUUAUUCCCCCGCUUGUCGAACCCUAUUACAGAGUCAAGCGGGACUGUCCAUCGGGCCAUCCUCAAUGGCCUGAAGGUAUCUGCACAAAAUGCCAGCCCAGCGCCAUCACUCUCCAGCCCCAGCCAUUCAGAAUGGUGGACCACGUCGAGUUCGCGACGCCCCAGAUCAUCGACAAGUUCCUCAAUCCCUGGCGUAUGACCGGAUGCCAACGGCUUGGUAUCCUCUACGGCAAAUAUCUCGAAUACGACGUUGUUCCGCUCGGCGUUAAGGCUGUCGUGGAAGCCAUCUAUGAACCACCGCAGGUUGACGAGAUCGACGGUGUAACUCUCAACGCGUGGGAAAACGAGAAGGAUGUCAACGAGGUAGCAAGACUAUGCGGGCUGGAGCCUGUGGGUGUAAUCUGGACGGAUCUCCUCGACGCUGGCAAGGGUGACGGAAGCGCCAUUUGCAAGAGACACACCGAUUCCUACUUCCUCGCAGCUCAGGAGAUUUGCUUUGCGGCGAGGCUCCAGGCACAGCAUCCGAAGGCUACCAAGUGGAGCGACACAGGUCGGUUCGGCUCCAACUUUGUCACCUGUGUCAUCUCUGGCAACGAGGAGGGCGAAAUCUCAAUCUCGGCGUACCAGAUGUCCAAUGAUGCGGUCGAGAUGGUCAGGGCUGACAUCAUUGAACCUUCCACGGACCCCGGUCAAAUGUUGGUGCGUGAAGAGGAGGAGGACGAUGGCUCAGUCAGCAGGACACGAUACAUCCCCGAGGUGUUCUAUCGCAAGAUCAACGAGUACGGAGCAAAUGUCCAGGAGAAUGCGAAGCCUGCAUUCCCGGUCGAGUAUCUCUUCGUCACCUUGACCCAUGGUUUCCCCGAAAGUCCGAAGCCGGUAUUCACAAAUGACGGCUUCCCUAUCGCCAAUCGCGAAUUUGUUGGAGAAGCCCAGGAAGCCUCGGCAGUAGCAAAGAUUCUUAAGGUGAACCAAAAGUCCGACCAAUUCGACGUUAGCAACUUCCACUUGCUCUGCUUUAUCCGGCAGAUGAGCGUACUGUCCAAGGAUGAGGAGGCACUCCUUUGCCGCGUAGCAACACAACAUGACCUUGCCGACGCCUUCCAACUUCGGGCGACAGAGGGGUGGAGGACCCUGCACAUGAUCUUGGAAUCCACUGGUGAGAGACUUCCCAAGCGCCCCAGAACUGAGGAUGCUACUUCCCCCUCGGUUGACAGAUCCCACCUCAGCCACCACCCAUUGAUGCAAAGGAACCACAACUCGACCGAUGAACCACUUGCUAAGCGUUUUGCUGCUGUCAGGCUGAACGAACAUCGCCCGCCACCUCCCGAAUAGGACUCGAUGGAUGUGGAUUGAGGAGACGCAUGGCCUUAGGAUGUCACGGAUAACUUCGAAUGCUAGGAAGGCAACUAGAGGGUCAGGCCUUUUAACCAACGGGAACACAGGGCUUGAGGCUUCAUUCACGGCGAUGCUUACUCUGUCCCACAUUCGUGGAAUACAUGGAGAACAUACAAUGGACGCAUUGGCGUUGAUUUUGCUGCUUCGAGGGAAAAUAGACAUGAAUUGAGCAUGAACUCAGACGAACGGGGUUGUGAAAUGGAAAAGGUGUCCUAGUCUAGCAUUGCAAAAGCUCCUGAUUAUGUUGCAUUGUGGUUCUCGAACACAAGUUCUGUGCUAUUUUGUCA